AUGACCAAUGUCGACCAUGCUGUUUACCAAUAUCUCGAACCUUCUGGGCCUGCCUGUGAUGGCAGUUGUGUCUUUGAGAGAAGCACCAAGCACCAACAGGGGAAACGGAUCGUCAUCAUGGUCAUCAUUGUGGUGUUGGGAGCCAAUGAUGUCGAGGCGGUUGUGAGAGCUUGUCACCUGUCGAAAAGUGGGCUGAUCAGGGGCUGCAAAACCAGCGAUGUGCUGAGAAAUAUCUAUUCUCUGAUUCGCCAGUACCUGCGGUCCGUCUGCCCCAACUGA